GUUUAUCUUUUUCUCUCCAUAUUGAAAAGAAAAAGAUAAACUCUGAACUAAUGCAGCCAGUUCAGCUAAAACGAACAGACCUUUAUCUUUUUCUCUCCAUAUUGAAAAGAAAAAGAUAAACUCUGAACUAGUGCAGCCAGUUCAGCUAAAACGAACAGAUCUACUGAGACACCUGUCCCACCCGUGGACGCUUUUAGGACGCUUUGGACAGCUUCGAACGCACUAUUGUUCCUUUUCGCCGAUCACUUUGAAUAGGUGAUUUAUAUCGUUGAAUAGAAUCGCACGCAUUGCACCGUUUUGAAUGAAUAAGACUUAAUCUAUGCUUCGUUAAAUUGGAAGGAGAAAUCCUAUGUUCGCAAAUAAGAACAGCGAUAAUCGCAUCGUGGAGAGAAGCUGAGGACGUUCUUCGUGCUGAAUUGAAUAUUGGGUGUGUCAUGAUGUGUGCUGUCAUUUUAGCUAUGUUAUGCGCAUUUCUUCAGACAGUUGUGGCUCAACGUACUCCAACAAUAUCUUAUAUAUCGCAAGAACAAAUUAAAGAUAUUGGUGAGACUGUAGAGCUACAUUGUUCCAUUCAGUAUGCGCAGGAUUAUCCAGUUUUGUGGAUAAAAGUUAACAGGGACAGUGUACAUGAGCAAGUGGCACUUUCUACCGGCACUGCAUUGAUAAUUAGGGACAGCAGAUUUGCUAUUAGACACGAUACAGCAUCCGCUACUUAUGUCUUACAAAUUAAAGAUAUACAAGAAACAGAUGCUGGAUUUUAUCAAUGUAGAAUACAAAUAUCUGUGAAUAAUCUUAUUAAUGCAGAAGUAGAACUGCAAGUUCGUAGACCACCAAUAAUUAGUGACAACUCGACUCAAUCUCUAGUAGUUAGUGAGGGACAACCUGUUAUGCUAGAAUGCUAUGCUAGUGGCUUUCCACUGCCAAGAAUAUCUUGGCGCAGGGAGAAUAAUGCCAUUUUACCUACUGGAGGAUCAAUUUAUCGUGGUAAUACAUUAAAAAUAUCUGCCAUACGAAAAGAGGAUCGUGGAACAUAUUACUGUGUUGCUGAAAAUGGCGUUGGACGUGGUGCUAGACGUAAUAUCAAUGUGGAGGUUGAAUUCGCGCCGGUAAUAACAGCUCCGAGGCCACGACUCGGACAAGCUUUACAGUAUGAUAUGGAUUUGGAAUGUCAUGUAGAGGCGUAUCCUCCACCAGCUAUUACUUGGGUCAAGGAUGAUGUACAACUGUCGAAUAAUCAGCAUUACAGUAUAUCGCAUUUCGCAACUGCAGACGAAUAUACCGAUACGACAAUAAGAGUUAUUACCAUAGAAAAACGACAAUAUGGAGAAUAUAUAUGUCGGGCAGCCAAUAAACUGGGCAGUGCUGAAACAAAAGUUGAGCUUUUUGAAACCAUUAUCCCUGUUUGCCCACCAGCUUGUGGUCAAGCUCAUUAUGGAACUGGCGUAAUUACAGUUGCUUCCAGACCUUUGGUAGUUCUAGUUUUAUUAAUUACAAUAAUGAGGUGUGUGUUAUUUACAGAAAUUUCCAUGCCAAAUAUUAACUACCCAGGUCUUCAGUGGGCAGCAGCAAACAGAUGCGAUCUUUUAAAAUGGCUCUAUACAAUCAUUAGCUUUAUUGUUGUCGCAAUAAUGCUAUAAAACCAAAACUUAAACUAUAAAGGCCUCAAUUAAUAUUUUACUAAUUAACUUUGUCUAUUUCAUCACACGAUUAUUUUUAUAGUUACAAACGAAAUGAUUUAUAUCAUCGAUAAAAAACGCGCGUGUUGUGACAUUUGUGACAUUUGUAUCAUCAUCACGGUGCAAUUAUUAAUAUAAUUUUAAUAUCAUUAUUUUCGUAUUUUAAACGCACUACAGUUUUUUUACAAUAUUUUCAUUUUUAGAAUCUCUUUUUAUGUAUAUAUAGAUAUGUUAUAUAAUUUUUAUUAAAAUUUUUAUAUUAAUCUCUAUAUUAUAUACAUUUUCUCUAAAUUUCUAUAAUUGAUCUUGUCUCCUUUUAUUAUGCGUAAUUAUGCUGCUCAAUUUUUACACAUUGUACAUCGAAGAGUUUUAACUUUAUUAAAAGAAUAUUAAACAAAAAUGAGAAUAAAAGAAUAAAAGUAGUAGAAUAGAAGAAAGUGUAUGAUAAUAAAUGUAACAUGAUUUUUAUCUAUUACGCUGAUUUGCUACUUGUUAACAUUUUAAUUAUUAGAAAAUAACUUUCACAUUUAAUUUCUGAAUAGAGAUCAAUAACAUACAUAAAUGUUAGUAAGAUAUAAAUUAUAACAUUCCAGUAUACAUAUUUAUGAUGAUAUAUGAUAUUAUGUAACGUCGCGUGCAGAUAGCAUAACAAACAUCUUUUGGUUUCACUGCCAACUGAUAAAAAAUGGAAAGAAACAAAGAAUAAUAACGUUAUAAAAAACAUAACAUUAUCUUAUUAUCUUAUAGACAGAUCAUUGGUAGUUAAUAAGUCGACAAUAUGGAUUUGUUAAUAUUAUUGGAGAAACCUGACAGUAGAAGUAUCAGCUACCCUGUUAAUAUAAAAAGAUUUGAAACAUCAUGAACAAUGAAAAUAAUGUUGAUGUUAGUGCCUUGUUCGUGAUAAAGUGUAAUUCGUAUUACAAAUAAAAUUAUAAAUGUGUAUAGUUUUUAGGCAAUAUAUUAUUUGUAUUUAUGUAUGUUACUUGUACGUACGUAAAUAAGAUAACAUUUAAUGUGUUUCAUCAGGCACAUGUUUCUUGACUACUUAUGCACACUUAUAACUAAAUCUUUUUUUUUUUUUUUAACAAGGCAUAUCAUAUGGUAUAUAACCUCCAAUAGUAAAAACCUCCAAAAGUAAAAAUAAGAAUAUAGAAUCUCAAUAAAAUAAGAAGACCCCACAGGCGUCGUUUUUAUAUACUCUUUACAAAUUUAUACGAUUUUAUACUUGUUAAUAUCGUAAUUUGUAUUUGAAUCUCGACGCCAUGAUACUCGUAAUAU